CCGCCACAAAACCUCACCGAAGUAGUAGUAAACGGAAGUAAGCAUUGACCAUUUCCAAUUUUCACGUUAGCGGUUUUGUUGUUGUUAUUUAGAUAUUUAUUAACGCCAUGGAACUAAAACUAUUACUAAUUUAACUGCACAGCAUCACAUACUUUCCCCAGGUAGUCUUAAAUUUGCGUUGGAGACAGGACUUGGUUGAUAUUGUCUAGGUAAGCUAGCUGCAAACGUUAGCUAACAAUGGCUGACUGUGUGGUUUUUCACACUCAAAUAGCCUCCAUCAUGGAGGUGCUAGCGAAUGCAGCCGUGGCAAAUAUCUGUAAACUCGUAGACGACGACUAUGCAGUGUUCCGUUUGGAAAUAACUCAAAGCCAGAAAGAAAACAGGGCAUUGCGGAGGAAACUACAGAUAUUUGAACUGAAGGUGGCACGGGAGCGCGCAGAGAGGGCAACGCGAGAGCGCGUCCUCGCCAGUCGUCCCAGUAGUGUCAAGAUCCUCGACCGAUACAGAGGAAUGGCAAGAGGUGAAGGACAUCUCACUGGAGGCCACAGGAGCUCUGUGAAGCCAGUGGGACACAAUACAUGGAGAGAUGACCAACCAGUCACUGUUGAUGAGGGGAGUGGAACCUCAACCCAGCACAUUAUCAUGAUAGAGUCUGCAGAUGCAGAGGCUGCAGGUCCUGGGGUCAAGCUGGAGAGGUCUGAAAGAGAGGAGGACACAUGGCACAGCAGAGACACCCAGACUCGAGUAGCGGUAGAGCCCCAUGUAGCCACAAAGGACCCCCCCACCAUCGCCCCAGCACCGCCCAGGACCCGACACAGAAUCACGGAGGUCAGUGGAACGCAGAACGCCGUCCUCAAGUCAGAGACAGACACGGAUACUUUAACUGUAACACACAGGCUCUUACACACAGGAUCUGACCACAGAUCAGACCCAGAGAGACUGGGGAAGGGGCCAUUGCGCUAUCCUCCUGCUCCCGGCACAGAGUACUUACCGGUAUUUCACCAGAGCCAGAGGAUGGUUCAUUCCCGUGGUGACGCGUUAGACACUGGUGUUGAUGUUCCGUCUUGUUCUUACUCAACAGAGAUGGACCCUGGCAACAUAUCCUUGGGUUUAGAAACACAGCCUGAUCUGUCUAGAGAAGACUGGAACCAGUACAAUAGUGGUCUAUACUCUGAAGGGUCCCUAGAUAAGAAAGGGGAGGGUCUGGUCAUAGAUGAGGUGACUGUGAAAGUGGAAGGCGAUGCUCCUCUGACAUGGAAUGUAGACAAGACUCACUUAGGAGAAGGAUACUCACAAGGCAGAGAUUUCUUAGAUUACAGGGAAAGUUUGGAGACAAAUCCAAAUGUCACGACCCACUCUCCUUUACACACAGUCAGGGAUCGUGAGUCAGUGUCCACGUCGAUGGGACCUUCCGAUUCACAGGACCACGUCCUUUUCGAUCAGGUAUUGAACUCAAAGGACCAAAGGGCCAAGGGGAGGGGAGGGGGAGCAACAUUAGGCAAUAGUAAAGAAAAACGGUUCCUCUGCAUGUUCUGUAACAAAGGCUUCAGCUGCCUCCAGAAGGUGGAGAUCCACCAGAGGGUCCACACAGGGGAGAAACCCUACAGCUGUACGCAGUGUCAUAUGCGCUUCGCUGAGGCUGGCAACCUUAAGAGGCACCAGAGGGUCCACACAGGGGAGAAACCCUUUGGCUGUACCCAGUGUCACAUGCGUUUUGCCCAGGCUGGUCACCUGAAAAGACACCAGAGGGUCCACACAGGGGAGAAAUCCUACAGCUGACCCCAUUAUGAGAAGAGAUUAUCCUGGAAGAGGUUCUGAGACGGGAGCUACCACCAGCAGAAAAAACAUUCCACUCUAUAACAUAGAACGCAACCAUUCCUCUCAGUAGCUUCUGAUGUUAAGUUGAAACACUGCAUUAAAGACAAUGAUACAUUUUUAUUGUCAUCAGAAAAUAUCAUUUGACAUGACGAGAGUAAUAGAUUUCAGUGUUGAAUAUUGCUGGGUAGAAUAUUGCAUCCAGACAUUGUGUGAUAUACACUGAGUGCACAAAACAUUAACACCUGCUCUUUCCAUGACAUAGCUUUCAUCUGGUCAGCCUAUGAUCCCUUAUUGAUAUCACUUUUUGAAUCCACUUCAAUCAGUGUAGAUGAAGGGGGGAGACCGGUGGAAGGAUUUUUACGCGUUAAGACAAUUGAAAAAUGUAUUGUGUAUGUGUGCCAUUGAGGGUGAAUGGGAAAGACAAAAGAUUUAAGGGGUAUGGUAGUAGUAUUUGCCAGGCGCACUGGCUUGUGUCAAGAACUGCAACGCUGCUGGAUUUUUAACGCUCAACCGUUUUCAAUGUGUAUGAAGAAUGGUCCACCACCCAAAGGACAUCCAGCCAACUUGACAGAACUAUAAGAAGCAUUGGAGUCAACAUGGGCCAGCAUCCCUAUGGAACACUUUUGACACCUUGUAGAGUCCAUACCCAAAUUGAGGCUGUUCUGAGGGCAAAAGGGGGCGCGCGCAACUCAAUUUUAGGAAGGUGUCUGUUUUGUACACUCAGUGUAUGAGGCAUAUAUAAGCCUAAAAAGUCUUACAUAGUGUUUUUGAUUUUAACAUGUAUUGACUCAGGGUUUGAAUACUUAUCUAAUCAAGAUAUAUUCUGUUAUUUUUUUAAAUCAUAAAAAAAGUCAAAUGUUAGAAUUUUUCUUCCACUUUGACAGAGUAGUUUGUGUUGAUCAUUGCCACAAAAAAAUACAAUUAAAUCCAUUUGAAUCCCACUUUGUCACACAACAAAAUGUGGAAAAAGUCAAGGGUGUGAAUACUUUUUGAAGACACUACUUCAUUUCUAUAAGGUCCUAUAUUGUGCUUGAACUUUCAAAUCAAAUGAAAGUUUAUUUGUCACGGGCGCCGAAUACAACAGGUGUAGUAGACCUUACAGGCUCUAACCAAUAGUGCAAAAAAGGUGUUAGGUGAACAAUGGGUAAGUAAAGAAAUAAAACAUAACAGUAAAAAGACAGGCUAUAUACAGUAGCAAGGCUAUAAAAGUAGCGAGGCUACAUACAGACAUCGGUUAGUCAGGAUGAUUGAGGUAGUAUGUAGAUAUGGUUAAAGUGACUAU